AAAGACAAAGAUAUCAGGCCAACUUUUAAUAACGCACAACAAAAAGAGGCUAAAACAAGUCUUCAGGCUGGAAACAUUUUACAAACGACACUCCAAAAAGUGUUUCAUAUAGAACCGUCAGCUGAUAAAUCAAAAACUUCCAAAAGUUCGAAACCUUCGUCUGGUCAUGGUUCUGAAUCUGAAGAUGAACGAACCGUUUCAAAAUUACGUUUUCAGAAGCUCAGUACUGGAUCGCAUGUUCACAAUCUGCAACCCAAAAAAGUUUAUCGUAUUAAUAAUCUCUUGAAAGAACUUGGUAUUCAUGGACAUUCUCCAAUGGAUGAAAAAUCUCAAAAUGAGGAAAAUGCUACGAAAAAAAAAUCGACGAAAUCUAAUUGUUCUGAUGUUUCUUUGUCGGAAAAAUAUGGAAAGCCCCAGGAGGUUGUCGGUAAAGGUGCGUUUGGCAUCGUCCGUGUUGCCCACAAGACAGAACCGAAAGUGCCGGGAGAAAAACUUUUUGCGCGCCAUGACGAACCUCCAAAAAAAUAUAUGAAACGCUUGACAUCUGAAUUUUGCAUUUCCUCUUCCCUUCACCAUAUUAAUGUAAUUGACACAAUAGAUUUGCUUCAGGAUACCCAGGGAAACUAUUGCGAAGUUAUGGAAUAUUGUGCUGGUGGAGAUUUAUAUUCUUUGAUUGUUUCUUCAGGUGGCUUGGAGGAAAGUGAAGCUGACUGUUUCUUUGGGCAAUUGAUUAAUGGUGUCAAAUAUUUGCACGAGAGUGGUGUCGCUCAUAGGGAUCUCAAACCUGAAAAUCUUCUUCUCACCUCGACCGGAUGUCUCAAAAUCACGGAUUUCGGAAAUGGUGAAUGUUUCAAGAUGGCAUGGGAAACACAACCUCAUUUAUCACGUGGGGUUUGUGGUAGUGAGCCUUACAUUGCUCCCGAAACGUUUACUAGUAAUUGGUUUGAUCCAAGGCCUGUUGAUAUUUGGGCUUGUGGAAUCAUUUAUAUGGGGAUGAUCACUG